AUGAAGGUGGAGCUGUUGUGCAGAGUUAUGGGGAGAGACCCCCAGUUUAGUGUGGAGAUUGGGCUCGACGACAGAGUGGAGAAGCUGAGGAGCGUUAUUGCCAGCACUCGAGAAGUGGAUCUCCACCCGAGCGAUAUCGCGCUUUACUGGGAUGCUUACAAAACCUACGGACCCAGACUCGAGAUGUGCGACGGCGUCAGCGUGAGGUCCUUUGGUCCGGACUUUUCUCCUCUACCCAACAGGCCUCGUAUUCACGUCCAUAUCCGUCAUGGAGGUGUGCGUCCCAGCAAAGCCAACGUGUUGGAACCAGAAGGAAGGCUCGAUGGAGAAGACACUGGUCUGAGCGGCCUCUGGAAAUUUUCAGAACUUAAAUUGUUACGGUUUCCCUCUCCGACUCAACUGGCCUCGCAUCUGGAACGGCGCCUGCCAUUCCGAGUCCGCAUUAAAGAUCAGCACACGGCUGCGAAGAUUUUUGCCAAGGAUGGCCCGCAGAUUCGCUGCGAUGCUCUCUCGUCGCUGAUUGACGUUCUGGUUAUGACUUACGAGGCUUCGCUGGAUGAAGAGGAUACGAAGUGUUCAUGCCAGAAGUUCGACGACCUAUUGUUCGCUUUGAUGGCUCAGAUUUGUCACGCCAAUGGCGUUCAAUUGAAGGUGGAGCGUAAAAUUCUCGCUGACGAUGCCGGUCCUGGGGCAGAUCUGCGGUCGGAUGUCACGAUGUACUGCAAUGGGUGUGUUGUGCUCUGUGGAGAAAAAAGGGAUGGCUCCGCGGAUAUUCAGCGCACAUUUUCCCAGCUGGAGCCAAAAAUGAAGUGCUGGAAUGCAAACUUUUACGGCGAGCUCCCGUACAUUUUGGGCUACGUCGCCUGUGGGAACCGUCGACAAUUGUCAGCAUUCCGAUUCUCUAGUGGGAAACGCUUUCAGGAUCUCUCUAAGGUUUCGUCGACGAUUGCGAUCAAGGUUUUCUACAACUUGGCUUUCGUUCUAAGGUAUAUGGCGACCCAGUCGAAGCUGACGACUCCUACUCAGCUCUCACCAUUCGAACCCCAUCAAACCGACACGGGGACAAUCGAGCUGGUCGACGGCAUAGUCGAUGGCACGAUUAAGCGAACUGUACGACGCGAUCGCUGUGCGAGCGGCGGUGACUACAAGAGAAUUUUGUAUCCGACGGGAUUUCGCCGUCUUCCUGAAAAUGUGGAGGAAGUGAACAAAUGGCUGGACGGUAUGCUGUGUGCGUUGCAAAGUUGGCAUGAAAGCGGCUACUGCCACGGUGGCGUGCAGUGGAGUAACACAGUGUAUGUCCCCAGGCAAGAAGUCACUGAACAUAACGCCCUUCAGGAGCCUGGGUACUGGAUGCUGGAUAACAUGGAGUCGUCUCGUCCGUCGAGUUUGCUGAUCCGUGGUCAUGGGUAUGCAGGGAAGUUCACUUGUCAGUACGACUUGUUCCAGCUGGGAAUUUUGAUGAGCGAGCUACACAAACACAAGUUCCCGUUGCCACACCGACUGCUUUGGGUGCGGGACAAGCUGCUCGUAGCUCGGGACACGUCUGAACAAGUGACGGCCAGGAAAGUGCUCGAGAUGCUGCGUCAGACGAAGAACUGCCGAUCGGAAGACCUGCAGAAGGUAGCCAAUGUGCUUCUGUCGGCGCUUCACACUCCUGACGUGACGGCUGACUCGGUGCUGGGUAUGAUGAAGGCUUUGGUGCCGCCUGCACAGGCGAAGUAUUCGAAGCCGAUGGUCGUUGGACUCGACGACGGAGUGGAAAAGCUGAAGAACAUCAUUGCCAAGACUCGAGAAGUGAACGCUCACCCGAGCGAUAUCACGCUCUACUGGGUCAGCCACAGUCUGGCUGGACUCGAAAUGAGCGACUGCAUGAAAGUGAGGCGCUUUGAUCCGGACGUUUCUCCGCAACGCAAAGGACCUCACAUGCAGGUGCGCAUCCGCUCUUCCAGCAAGGCCCCGGAAGCAAAAGUCGGCCCACUCGUUGGAGAGGACGUCGGUCUGAACGGCCUGUGGAAGUACUCAAAGCUUGACUUCACGCUACCGCAGCUAUCCUCUCGUGCUGGAUUCAGACUGUCGUCGCAUCUUGAGCGGCGACUGCCCUUCCGAGUGCGCAUCAACGAUCAGCUCACUGCUGCCAAGAUCUUUGCCAAAAAUGGUCCGGAGAUUCGUUGUAAUGCUCUCUCGUCGCUGAUCGAUGUUGUGGUUUUGAGUUACGAGGCUGGACUGGACGAAGAGGACACGAAGCGCUCGUGUCAGAAGUUUGACGACCUGUUGUUCGCGUUUACCGCUCAGAUUUGCCGAGUUAAUGGGGUGCAAUUGAAGGUAGAACGCGAAAAUCCCGAUGGAGAUGCAAGUGUCGAAGAAAAGCUACGGGCGGACAUCACUGUAAACUGCAAUGGGUGCAUCGUGCUCUGUGGAGUUGAGAGGGGUGGAUCUGCGGGUGACAGCCGCGUCAAUACCGAGCUGGAGUCAAAGAUGAAGUGCUGGAAUCCAUUGCAUUACGGCGAGCUCCCCUGCAUUUUGGGUUACGUCGCCAUCGGCAACAAGCGACAGUGGUCUACAUUCCGAUUCUUUGGUAAAGACCGCCUCCAGUAUCUCGGUCGAGUUUCCUCGACGGAGGCGAUCAAAGUGUUCUACAACUUGGCCUUCGUCCUGAGCCGAAUGGCAGCCCUGUCCAAGUUGACCGUUCCCACUCCGCUCUCUCCGUUCACGCCUUACCGCAGCAAAGUGGGGGUUAUCCAGCUAGUGGACGGCAUGGCCCAGCUAACGACAAGUCCCGAGCAUUUUCAAGAUGGUGACGACUACAAGAAACUCGUUGAAAUCUACAGAAACCGCAUGAGGUUGUCCGCGCCAAAUCUUCAAAGCGUGAGGAGCUUGAAGCAAACUCGCUUCCGGACACGCCAGGCCGUGGUGCAGUUGAGUCCGAUGGGGUUUUACCGUCCUCCUGAGAAUGUGGACGAAGUCAACACCUUGGCACGAGAGUACGGCGCCAUUAAGUGGGAGAACGUGGCGUAUGUCCCCGCGCAACGAAUUGAUCAGUGGGGUUAUGACCGACUGAAGCCCGGUUACUGGGUGCUCGUCAACUUGGAGUCGUCACGCCGGUCGAGUUUGAUAACCCUUGUCGGCCCUGGCGUUGAUAUGUUGCACAAUUGCCAGUAUGACUUGAAGCUGUUGGGCUGCUUGAUGAAGAGUCUGGAAUUCCCCUUGUCGCACCGACUGCUGUGGAUUCAAGACAAACUUCUGUCGGCUCGGGACAAGACCGAAGAAGUGACGGCCACGAAAGUGCUGGCGAUGUUUAACCAGACGCAGAGCUGCCGACCAGAAGACCUGCAGAGGGUGGCCAACGUGCUUUUAUCGGCACUUCACACGCCGGAGAUGACGGCUGAGUCAGUGCUGAAGAUGAUGAAGGAACUGGUGCCACCUGCAGAGGCGAAGAGUGCGGAGCCGAGUGGUGAGAACAAAAAAUAA